AUGCAAUCCAAACUCAAGCCAUCAUCCUUACGAAUCGGUAUAGAUAAGUUAAGGAAAAUAGGAGGUGGAGGUAUAGCGAUUGAGCUAGGAAGCAAAGAUGAGGCUGCUAUCCUCGAAAGAAACAUUGAGGAAAAGGUACCAGAAUUGAUGACAAAGCGACCGAAGAAGAGGUGGCCCCAUAUGGUAAUCUACUCCGUGCAGACCGAUAUCAAUAGGGAAGAAUUACCUACUCUAAUAUAUGAACAAAAUGAUAUAAUCAAUGGACAAUUCACAACCGAAGAGUUCGAGAAACAAUUUCGUAUCAAGUUUAUCUUAGGAAAACGUGACUCUAAGUACAAAAACUGGGUUGUGGAGGUGUCCCCUGACAUCAGAAAGACCCUGUUACACCUGGGAAAAAUCAGUAUAGAGUGGUCACGCUGCAGGACUGCUGACUUCUGUCCGGUCCUGCAGUGUUUUAAAUGCUGCGAGUACAACCAUACAGCUAAGGAUUGCCCACACUCGACACCUAAAUGCAGCCACUGUUCAGGCGAACAUCUUUACAGGGAGUGCCCCAACAAGGAAACCGAACCGGUGUGUUGCAACUGCAGACGGGACAAUGCUUUGAACUAUAAACAUAAUGCACGAGACAGUACAUGCUCCAUAAAUACCCGGAUCAAAAACAACAUAAUGGCAAGAAUCGAUUAUGGAAAUAAAUAA